AUUGGAUAACACCCAAGAGUCAAAGAGGAACUAUAACACACAUGACAAGCUCAUCUGGGGAACACUUCCAUCAGUAUCAGUGAAAAGACAACAUGGGGGUAGCUCGUGGGCUGCAAUUUGUAGCACUUAUCCACAUUCUGCUAUGCUGUGAAUCUCUACCUCAUAAACAAAUGGAGUUUGAUAUCCAGCACACCUGGGACAGCGACCCUGUGAAUCAUGAACCCAUCAGGAUCGUCUUCUCUCCUGGGGAAGGAGGGCUGAAGAUGGAGGUGUUUGGUCCAUUCUUCAAUGACCCAGCAUCUCCUGCAGGGCCCCCUGGUCAGCCCUUCCCUGGACUCUGGGAUUACGAAGUCGUGGAGUCGUUCUUCCUUGAUAGUACUACAAAUAAUUACCUGGAAGUGGAGCUUUGUCCACACGGACAACACCUGAUACUGUUACUGUCAGGAGUUGGCCAAGCAUUCAUGCAACAACUACCCAUCAUGUUUAAUGCCACAACCAUGAAGGACAGGUGGAUGGGAGAGGCUCUCCUUCCAUGGCCGUACUUUCCUCCCAAUGUCAACAAGAUGAACUCAUACGCCAUCCAUGGCUCAGGAGAGAAGCGCACUUAUGAGGCUCUCUACUCCAUCCCCAAGGAGGAGAUAGUGGAAGGCCAAAAGCCCAAUUUCCACCGCCUCGAGUAUUUCCAAGAUUUCCGUCUGCAGAGCAUCAUGGGAGAAGCCUGGGUCCAACCAGAAUCUGCUCUGUGGAAAGGAAAGCCUUGAGGUUUUUCAGAAGGACUCCUUUUCUCUUUCUAUGUCUCUCUUGCACACACAGACACACAAACUCACCAGAGCGACAGCAGGGCAACGGUACAAACAGUCUUUGACAGGGAACAAAGGGCAAUCAAUCUUUAUUAGUUAAUGAUGCCAGACCGUAUGACAAGAAAUAUGUUAUCAGCUUGUCAGAGCGUAUUAGCCUUCACACACAUCUGUGCGAGCAUGCAGACACACACAUCACAAGAUAUUGGACGUCACCUUGGAUUGCCUGAACAGUGUGACCUACAGCGCUUAUACUGUGCUUGGUGGAAAGGAAUGCUCAUUUUGACGUUCAGCUCCUGUGUAGCCUGAACGUCUCACUUCACUGAGAUAAGCCCAGCAAGACCUGAUUUUUGGCCCAGAUCGUUAUUACACAUGAUCAUAGACACACAAGUGAUGGGGAAAAUCAGUUUUUCAGGAAAAAUAUGUUUGUUUUACAGUUAAAUAUGUUUACAUAUUAAUUGAAUUGGACUGGGGGUUUUUUCUGUGCAGUUGUUUGCCAGAUGUCACUUUGACUGUAAUUCUGAUGUGUUAUAAUGUUUCUGUUCCAUGUCUGUCUAUUAAAAUAAUUUUCAGACAUUU